CCUUUAAUUCCUUUUCACUUCUGUCAAUCGCGAACGUUGCAAGGGUUAGCACGUUUUGUGUAUUUAAUUUAGUUUUCUUUUAAAAAGAAUGACCGAGACUUUACAAUUACGGGGCACGCUGCUGGGCCAUAAUGGCUGGGUUACCCAAAUUGCGACGAAUCCAAAAUAUCCCGACAUGAUUUUGUCUUCAUCUCGAGACAAAACUUUGAUUGUAUGGAAACUGACUCGCGAGGAGACCCAAUACGGUGUCCCCCAGAAACGUUUGCACGGUCACUCCCAUUUCAUCUCCGAUGUUGUUCUGUCAAGCGAUGGAAACUACGCCUUAUCCGGCUCGUGGGACAAGACUCUCCGUCUUUGGGACUUGGCCGCGGGUAGAACCACACGUCGCUUCGAAGAUCACACAAAGGAUGUGCUAAGUGUCGCCUUCUCCGUCGAUAAUCGUCAAAUCGUAUCCGGAUCGCGGGACAAAACUAUUAAACUGUGGAACACUCUCGCCGAAUGCAAAUACACAAUUCAAGAUGAGGGUCACACCGAUUGGGUGUCGUGCGUACGGUUCUCCCCGAAUCAUUCCAACCCGAUUAUUAUUUCGUGCGGUUGGGAUCGCAUGGUGAAAGUGUGGAAUCUUACAAACUGCCGGCUGAAGAUCAACCACUCCGGACAUAUGGGAUAUCUGAACACGAUCACAGUUUCGCCGGACGGAAGUUUAUGUUCGAGCGGCGGUAAAGAUUGUAAGGCUAUGCUGUGGGAUCUCAACGAUGGCAAGCACCUGCACACCUUGGACCAUAACGAUAUCAUAACCGCACUUUGCUUUUCGCCAAACAGGUAUUGGCUGUGCGCCGCAUUUGGCCCAUCAAUUAAGAUCUGGGAUUUGGAAAGCAAGGAAAUGGUUGAGGAAUUGAGACCAGAGGUAGUUUCACAACCAGGCAAAGCCGAACCACCACAAUGUCUUUCGCUUGCCUGGUCUACAGACGGGCAAACUCUUUUUGCCGGUUACUCUGACAAUAUUAUUAGAGUAUGGCAAGUUAGUGUUUCUGCACGUUAAGGUUGUAGGACGUUUUAAAUAAAUGAUUUGUACAAAA